UCUCCAACUGAGAACAGUGAGCUGCUGAGUGUGCUAUCGAGUUUCACAUGGGUCUGUGAAUUUGCCUUGAACAGAAUGCUGUGCUAAAAGAUAGAUUGCUUAUUAACCUGCUGCUUACUCUGAGCAUUUUCUGUGCUAAUCCCAGUUGGCAGUAUGUCAGGACCAACCAGGCUGCAGCAUCAAUCCAGCUUGAGAGUUGGUCUUUAUUUCUGUUUGGAUUUACCAGAGUGCUCUCUCACUAAAACAGAAGCACACAUGCUGCAGCUUUGGUUUGAGCAGCAAGGCAGAUGUACCAGUCCUUUGGAAUACUCACCUGAGACAUCUAUAAAGUUAGUCUAACUGUGGCUUUAGUACCUCACCAAGGGAAUCUCAUCGUCGCUUGAAUCUACAUACAACAGAGCUUCAACUUUCAUAGAGUCAGAGAUUCAAGGAGCAUGGAAAAGGCCAUUUGACCCAUCGAGUUCUUACUGACCUGUCUACAUUAAUCCCAUUUACCAGCACCUGUCUUAAUCCAUGGCCUUGAAUGUUUUCCACAUUUAAUAAAAAAGAUUGUGAGGUUUCCCAACUCUAUGAACCUCACAGGCAGCUUCCCAUCAACCUCGGGGUGAAAAGCAAUUACUGCUCAUCUACACUAAACCUCCCACCCUGCACAUUAUAUUUCUCCCUGCAUUAUUAAUGUCUCAACUAAUAAUGGGAGCAGUCGUUCAGCUCAUCUCAUAUAACUGCUUCAGGGUUUUAACUAAGCACUUCAGAUCUCGAGCUUGAGAACUAAACUCCUUACACUCAGGUCUCCUUCUUAACAGUUCGGAAUUCUCUCCUUUUAGACCAACUGUUAUUCAGAUCCAGCUUUAGCCAAGUGUCUGCAAAGAUUUCCCAAAUGGAAUCCAAAACCUUCCCCUAAGCUUCAAAAAGAAUUCUGAAUAUUCUAACUGAAUACUAAUGCACUGUAUUGUUGACUCUGUGCUUGUGAAACUCUCUCAAAUUCCCAUUACUGUCCAGGAAGGUUUUCUCUAUAGGAGCAAACUUUGUUUUAACUUGCACUCUCAAUAAACUGGCAAACAUUAUAUCCCUGAAAUACUGGAAGUUUAUUAUUGUGAUCUCCGCGAUGUCCCAUUACUCAGCUGAGGGUGCCGAUUGUACAGUUGGGAAUGAAGCUUAGAGAACCUGAACAUGAGUAACACAGCAGCACCAAGAAAGCCCUACAGAAAGGCACCGCCUCAGCACCGGGAGAAUCGACAUGAGCCUCCAGAUUUUAGGGAUGAGCUAGCUGACCCAGCAGCCUCAGCUGAGCUGAGUCAGGAGCCACUGUCUGAUGAAGACAGGAUCAGACAAUUACAGCAGCAGAAUCAGGAUCUGCGUGAGAAGCUGACUGUCAGCACAAACCAAUUGGAGAUAAUGGAAAGGGAUUUUGAAUCAAGUCGCCAUUACCUUGAAGCAGAGCUGAGCCAUGCCAGAGAAGAGAUGGACAAACUGAAGGACAAGUUCCGCAGAUUGCAGAAUAGCUACACUGCAUCACAGCGAGCUAACCAAGAGCUGGAGGACAAGUUGCAUGCCCUGGUGAAGAAAGCAGAGCUGGAGAGGAAAACGCUAGACUGGGAGAUUGUGGAACUAACCAACAGGCUGCUGGAUUCUAAAACCGCCAUUAACAAGUUGGAGGAGUUAAAUGAGCGUUAUCGCCAGGAUUGUAACCUCGCGGUGCAGCUGUUAAAGUGCAACAAAUCGCAUUUCCGAAACCACAAGUUUGCAGAGCUUCCCUUCGUCCUGCAGGAGAUGGUCAGCAAGCAUCUGGAGUCUACCGAACAAGUGGAGUCAGGGCAGGAGCCAAGCUCAGCUCUUGGCUCGUCUGAUGUGGUGCCUGCUUCGGUCAUUGCCCGGGUUUUGGAGAAACCGGAGCCACUGGUUCUCAACUCUGCCAAGUCCAGCAGUGGCAGUGAGCCCCUGGCAGAAGAUGUCUUUGUUCAUGUGGAUAUGAGCUGUGAGGCUAAUGGUGUGAAGACUUCCGGGAAAGAGGGGGAUCGGCUGGAAAUGGCAGGAGAGAAGCCUCCAAACGGCAUGUGCAAGCAGCCGAUUAGCACCGACAGGGCACCAGCUGUAACAGCCACCUUUGAGAGACUUGACCCAUAUCCCACUCCACCUCAGAAUCUUUUCCCUGGACGUAAAGCUGUCAUUGAAUUCUCUUCUGAUGAUAAGGUGAAAAUACCAAAGGAUAGUCCCUUAGCAAACUGCACGUAUGCUACCAGACAGGCCAUAUCACUCAGGCUGGUCCAGGGAGGGGAGGAGAGGCUAGAUCGUUGGAGAAAUCCAGCGAGUAGCCCAUUGGGUGAUAGGAGGAGGGCAUGGCAGAUAGAUAGUGGGCAGUAUCACGGUCCAAGUUCAGGCACAUCCAGAGGACCAGAAAGUGAGCUUACGUCUGCCCAGUCCAGUCCUUUCAAUAGCCCACCUCAAAUUUCAAGUUCAUUUACCAGCUCAACAAGUUCAGAAGAGGAUCUGCUUGCAAAUUGGCAGAGGAUGUUUGUGGAAAAGGUUGCCCCUUCUCCUGAAAGGCUGAUUGCCUACCGAACCUCUUUGAGCAGUGAGAUGAUCCAGGAGUUUCAGAAUAACCUGGCCAGCAAGAUGAACGUGUCAGAGAGGCACCGGGCUCAUUCUGACGGAGAGGAAUCCAGCCACAGCUACAGCUGCACAAUAAGUCGUGAUUCCAGCCUAGACACAGACAGCACAGAUUCCAGAGUGCACAAAGGAAACCUCCUGGAUUAUGGCAGUGAAUUCUCUCCUGAGGAACAGGAGAAACUACUGCAACCUGGAGGUAGCAAUCAAAUGAGCCUCCAAGCCAGUCCCUUCCACAAGCAGCUCGAGUACGGGGAUACUGUCCCUGCAAGUGGCUCACUGGAAGAGAGAGAGAGAUUACUUCAUGGCAGCCAGUCCACCGUGCUGGAUGAACUGGAAGAGAUUGGGAAUAAACCAUCGGUGGCAUCAGCAGGACGGCAACAGAGGAGCCCCAAAAGGAUGGGUGUCCAUCAUUUGUUGCGUAAGGACAGUUUAACAAGGGCCCAGGAGCAGGGCACUCUGCUCGAUUAAAUACAUUCAAAUUAACGCCGACAACCUCGAUGCAGCUGUCAGCUGCUGCCGUGUUCAGCUGUCAAACAGUUCCAAAUUGUUGAGCGGAAAUUCACCAAGUAUUCCUGAGACAUUUUCAUAAAGAUGGACAAAAAUAUAGAAAUCAGCUACUGCUUUUAAGCUGAACCCGGAUUCAAAGACAAUACUUCAGUGUUUUCAAAGGAAACCAUUUUGUAAUUAAUUAAAUCAUCACCAAAAGAAAUCCAAAUUUCUGAGCAGACCUCCUGCCAAACGAUGGUAGUUGAAUUACCAGCAUGUGGUGUUUGUGUGUGUAGGAGUGUCAGGGUUUGUGUCUGUUUGUGGGAGUGUCAGGGUUUGUGUCUGUGUG